AUGGCUACUUCACCGUGCAGCAGCAGUGGGGUCUCCUCGUCCUCCUCCUCCGGCUUCAGCAUAGACAGCGGGCUGGAAAUCAAGACCAAGUCUGUGGAGCAGACCCUGGUCCCGCUGAUAUCUCAGAUUACAACGCUCAUUAAUCACAAAGAAAAACCAAAGAAAUCUGAGAAGACUCUACAGGCCAUCCAACGAGUGGGCCAGGCUGUGAACCAAGCAGUUGGGAGGUUUGUGACUGUAGGCGAAACCAUAGCGAACGAGAACCGAGAACUAAAAGAAGAAAUGUGUAUAGCCUGCAUUGAGGCAAAGCGAGCUGGUGAAACCAUAGCACAGUUGACAAGUAUGAACAUUGGGGAACAUCUUGACCCUGAAGGGCGCGUUAUGAUUUUUACUGAUAAGACUGGAGUGGUAAAAGCUGCUAGACUUCUGCUGUCUUCAGUUACUAAGGUGCUGGUGUUGGCAGACAGGAUCGUCGUUAAACAAAUUAUCACUUCCCGAAACAAGGUUCUUGCAACCAUGGAGCAUCUUGAGAAAGUGAGCAGCUUUCAAGAGUUUGUUCAGAUAUUCAGUCAGUUUGGGAAUGAAAUGGUGGAGUUCGCCCACCUUACCGGAGAUCGGCAAAAUGACUUAAAAAGCGAGAAGAAAAAAGCAAGUAUGGCUGCUGCUAGAGCUGUGCUAGAGAAGUGCACCAUGAUGCUGCUCACAGCUUCCAAGACCUGUCUAAGGCAUCCUGAUUGUGAGUCAGCACGUAUUAAUAAAGAAGGAGUCUUCCAAAGAAUGAGAGUGGCACUAGAGCAGGUAAUUGAAAUUGUUACUGACUCAAGACCUAAUGGAGAGCCUGAAAUUGCACCAAUCAGUAUCUACAUUGGAAUUAGAGAAUUCAAGGGUAAAGUUGAAGGGCUUAGAGAAAACCUGUAUUUCCUCUCGAAGGAGAAUCUUUCCACUAUGUUAGAAGUCAUUUUGGAGCAUACAGAGGACUUCACAGACUCUGCUUAUACUAGCCAUGAAAAUAGAGAACGCAUUCUGGAAUUGUCUAACCAAACCAAGAUGGAGCUAGAACAACUGGUUUCAGUGUGGAUGCAAGCUCAAACACAAAAAACAAAAGACAUUAUAGAAGACUUGGAGUUGGCCAUACUGAAGACGUGUCAGUGCAUUACAGAACUGAAACGAGAACUUCACAGUGCGGCUACAACACUUGCAUCUGACUUGCUAAAAUACCAUGUCGAUCACAUUGUCCUAAAAGCACUGAAAAUUGCUGGAGCAGAAGGAAACCUGGAAGCAGUGGCAGAGUAUACCUGCAAGCUAUCAGAGCAAAAAGAACAACUUGUGGAAACUUGUCGGCUGUUGAGACAUGUUUCGGGCACAGAACCUUUGGAAAUCACAUGUAUUCAUGCAGAAGAUACGUUUCAGGUGACUGGUCCUCAGAUUGUGUCAGCAGCAGAAACAUUAGCUUUACAUCCAACCAGUAAGAUUGCUAAAGAAAACUUGGAUGUUUUUUGUGAAGCCUGGGAGUCUCAGCUGACUGAUAUGUCCAUUUUAGUGCGGGAAAUUAAUGAUGUGUUUGAGGGACGACGAGGAGACAAGCGUGCAUAUCUUUCCCUACCAAGACCAGGGAAACAUAGUGGGAACCUGAAAACCCUCAAACCUGUGAAGCUUGAUGGAGAGGAGCAGACAAAAAUUUCCAAGCUAGGAUUAGAGCUACGUCUACUUACUUCAGAUGUGGAUUCUGAAGCAGAAAAAUUGGAAGAUCAAGAGAAUGAACUAGUUAGGCACGGACAAACCAUGUCCAGUAUGGCUUACACAAUGUACCUAUUUACAAGGGGUGAAGGGUUACUUAAAACAACACAGGACUUAUUUCAUCAAGCAGAGGUUUUUGCAGCAGCUGGUUUAAAGCUUUCAUCAAUUCUCCAGACCUUUUCUAAUCAGCUUGAGGAUGAUGACAAACCUUUACUGUUGUUGGAGAUUGAGAAGCUUGUUCCACUGAGUCAGCAGCUUCAGAUGACGUCAAGAACUCCUGUCCAGGGCAAAACUGCCACCUUCAACAAGGUUGACACAUGUAUUCAGAAAUCAAAGGCAAUCAUGAUGAUACUUUCCCAAGUUCUUCCAAUUUGCUGCAAGUUACUACGGAAGUGUAAAGCAGGUAAUGGAUGCUACCGCCCACCAGGAUCCUGGAAAGAAAACCGAAUACAGAAUGUUUCAAGUGAAGAUGGACUAGAAGGAAAAACAGUGGAAGCCUUUGCAGUAAAGUCUUUGGAACAUCAUGUAGCUAGCCUGACCUUUUUAGAAAGUAAAUAACAAUGUAAAGUCUCUGAAGAGGAAGUCAACUAUUAAGCUCCACAUGAUGUUUAUUUUUGUGUUUUGCUCCACAUCUUAUCGGUACCAUUGUACUUUUACACAUUUGCUAUGUCCGGUGGAAGAACUCUUCCUCUCACCAAUCACAUUGUUUAUCUAAAGAUCUGUUGUGAAUGUCUUAAUGGAAACCUAAACCCAAAGAUGCUGCUAUGGUUUGUAUACGUGUAAUAUGCAGAUUUCCUGAUUUCUAUUUGCUGUGUUCCAUUCUAACAUCCUGAAUUUUGUUUUUUCAGUUGUAUUGUGUUUACCUGUAUCAGGGCAAUAUGUUGUGGUCUGAAGCACUGAUGUUCACAACCAAGAAUAAACAGCACACUGUAUCCACAUGUACAACCUGCACCCCUCUCCCGUCAUUGUAAAUUUGCUGCUGAAAUCUAUAAAUUUAUUGGAGAUUUUCUCAUAAAUAACUAUUUUCUCAGCUAGUUUGGCUACGCAUUGCAUUCUUGGAUUUGAGGAUGGUCUUGUAGUUAGCCGCUGGAGAUGGCAACUAGGUGGGAACAUGGUGAAGGUUUCCCUGGGUCUGUUGUCACUCUCAUAGGCUUAUAAAGCUCACCCUUACUUUUAAAUCCUAGGAUUUACAAUGCAUGUUAAAGAAGAUAUCUUUUCUCAGAAUGUAUACCAUA